GUCGGAUUCGGCGUGGGGGGGCGGGCCCCGCGGAGCAUAGGAAGGGCGGGGACCCGGAUGUGUGUGGUGGCGGCGGCGGCGGCAGCGGCCGAAGAGCUACAGCACGGAGCUGAGAGGCCUAUGGAUGAGGAGGACGCGGCGGCCCCGGUUUGUUCUCAUGAACAAGAUGGAUGACCUCAACUUGCACUACCGGUUUCUGAAUUGGCGGAGGAGGAUUCGGGAGAUCCGAGAGGUCCGGGCUUUCCGGUAUCAGGAGAGGUUCAAGCAUAUCCUUGUGGACGGUGACACUUUGAGUUACCAUGGAAAUUCUGGUGAAGUCGGCUGCUAUGUGGCGUCUCGACCGCUGACCAAGGACAGCAAUUAUUUUGAGGUAUCCAUUGUGGACAGUGGCGUCCGGGGCACCAUCGCUGUGGGGCUGGUCCCCCAGUACUACAGCUUGGAUCACCAGCCUGGCUGGUUGCCUGACUCCGUAGCCUACCAUGCUGAUGAUGGCAAGCUGUACAACGGCCGUGCCAAGGGGCGCCAGUUUGGCUCAAAGUGCAAUUCCGGGGACCGGAUUGGCUGUGGCAUUGAGCCUGUGUCUUUUGACGUUCAGACUGCCCAGAUCUUCUUCACCAAAAACGGGAAACGGGUGGGCUCCACCAUCAUGCCCAUGUCUCCAGAUGGGCUCUUCCCAGCAGUUGGUAUGCAUUCCCUGGGUGAGGAGGUGAGGCUGCACCUCAACGCCGAGCUGGGCCGUGAGGAUGACAGCGUCAUGAUGGUGGACAGCUAUGAAGAUGAAUGGGGCCGGCUGCAUGACGUCAGAGUCUGUGGGACUCUGCUGGAAUAUUUGGGGAAGGGCAAGAGUAUCGUGGACGUGGGGCUGGCUCAGGCCCGGCACCCACUCAGCACCCGUAGCCAUUACUUCGAGGUGGAGAUCGUGGACCCUGGAGAGAAAUGCUACAUCGCCUUGGGGCUGGCCAGGAAGGAUUAUCCCAAGAACAGGCACCCCGGCUGGAGCAGAGGGUCUGUGGCGUACCACGCAGAUGACGGCAAGAUCUUCCAUGGCAGUGGUGUGGGGGACCCCUUUGGGCCACGCUGUUACAAAGGGGACAUUAUGGGCUGUGGAAUCAUGUUCCCCCGGGACUACAUUCUGGACAGUGAGGGGGACAGUGAUGACAGCUGUGACGCAGUGAUCUUGUCCCCGACUGCCCGGGCUGUCCGGAACGUCCGAAAUGUCAUGUACCUGCACCAGGAAGGUGAAGAGGAAGAGGAGGAAGAGGAGGAGGAAGAGGAAGAGGAGAUAGAGCAGGAGCAUGAGGGCAAGAAGGUGGUGGUUUUCUUCACCCGGAAUGGCAAGAUCAUUGGGAAGAAGGAUGCUGUUGUACCUUCUGGAGGCUUCUUUCCCACCAUUGGAAUGCUCAGUUGUGGGGAGAAGGUGAAAGUCGACCUGCACCCCUUAAGUGGCUAGAGGCUUCCCCGGCACAUCCGCCCUGCUCACCAGCAGGCUCUGGGAAGAUAUCACCCUGCCCCCACCAGCUCAGGGCCCAGUCAGGCUGGACCUUCUGUCCCUGGGCCCGAGCCUUUGGUGAUGGGCAGAGAACAGUGUUGAUAUACGGGAGGGUCCCCGUGCUUUGGUUAGUGGGGCACUCAGAUCUCCUUGUACCUCACUGGAUCCUGUGCGAGUUGAGAGGUGUGAGCCCACCUGCUAUUUGGGCCAAGGGUAGAGUAUAGGCACCCUGUCUAUUCACCACGUAGUUCCCCUGAAAUCUCUUUACUCCCUGCCCUCCUGGGAGCCGGAUGCUGCUGUCUCCCCCUGGCUGGGCUAGGGGGCCUGUCUUGGCCAUCUCCCCUUUGACUGG